UUCAAGCAACCCUUCAAGGUUUUAGAAAACGGAAUAACAACAUCCUGUUGCGUCACUUCCGUUCAGUACUUGUCAAACAUGGCGCUGCUUCUAAGGACGGUGACCCGUCAGGGUGUCUGUGUCUCCAGACCACACUAUGGUGUCCUCUACAGACAUGCGGCACCAAUGGGAACCACAGCUAAGGAGGAGAUGAACAAGUUUUGGUCCAAAAAUGCCAAACUAAACAGACCCAUGUCUCCUCAUCUCACCAUUUAUAAAUGGUCAGUCCCCAUGAUGAUGUCCAUCACACACCGAGGAACUGGAGUGGGGCUGAGUGGAGCUAUCUCUGCCUUUGCUGUGGCAGCUCUGGUAUUACCGGGAAACUACCCCUACUACCUGGACAUGAUCCACUCGCUGUCCGUCGGGCCCUAUCUCAUUGGCUUGGCCAAGUUUGGCAUCGCCUUUCCUGUAUCUUACCACACCUAUAAUGGCAUCCGCCACUUGUGGUGGGACAUGGGCAAGGGCUUCAAAAUCCCAGAGGUCUACCGCACUGGCUACACAGUUAUUGGUCUGUCCAUCAUCACCUCCAUAGCCUUGGCUUUUCUCUGAGCGCAGGACGAGAGGAGAUGUGCAGAAGUAAAAGCAGAGGAAGGAUUUGAAUGAGAUGUGGACUGGAUUCACUGUGGGAGUUUUGUGUAUAUGUUCUGUUUCGGGCUACAGCAGGCCCCGUUUCAUCAAAGUAUUAAAUAAAGGAUUAUAUUAUGCUGUA